AUGAAUUUACUAUUAUUUAAAUUAACAUUCGUUUUAUUUUUCUUUAGUUCUUCUGCUUUUUCUAAAAAUAUCAUUGACGCAUUAAAGACUGAUAUACAAACGGUCGGUUUAACCAACGAUUGCGAACCCUCGACUAUUAUACCCGUUGUUCAAAACGAACAACGGAUACCUACAUCGAUUGAAAAACCACCUUUUAAUAUUGCUAUGGCACCAUUGACGACGACGACACUUCAAACCGGUGGGGGAGGAAUAGGAGGAGGAGGAGGAUUGGGUAUAUUGCCGACAAUUGGAAAUUAUAAUACGAUCCCGAAAGUCGUUGGACACACUUUUCAUUUUUUUAAAACUGUUUUGAAACCGCAGGUUUAUCGACAAAUCGUUACGGUACCGUACAUACAAAAAUACGCCAGGUAUUUUCAGGUUCCCGUCAUUGAAACAUAUCAUUACCAACAGGAGGUACCUUUCUGA